UUUGUUGUCCUAUCUUGAUGAAAGGGCCCAGGAUUCGCUAGGUUAAAGGUGGUUGCCAGCUGGACUUUCGAAUGGCUUCCAAGUCGCGGCUUGCGAAGGUGUCCUUGCCAACUGACGCUGAGCCUGCUGCGGAGCUAGUCCAAUGGAGCUGUAGGGAAGGCUAUGUUUAUGUGCCGAUACCACCAGCUGGCUCAGCAGGACACCGGGCAGAUAAAUGGGAUGUGGAUAAAUGGUUCAAGGCCCUCAAGGUGGAGCUGGUGGCGUCCGGUGACAACAUGACGGUGCGAUUAAAUGAUCAGGAAACAGGGGAGUUGUUCGCCGAGUGCCCCUUGCCAAGCGACGGAACACCUCUAACAACGGCGGUGGAGCCCGUCGUAGACAGUAGUCGCUACUUCGUAUUGCGUGUGGUGGACAAGGAGACAGGAAAACAUGCGUUCAUCGGCCUUGGAUUUAGGGAGCGCAAUGACGCGUCGGGCUUCACCACGGGGCUGGAUGAGUACCGCAAGUACCUGCGACGCAAGCAGGAGGCGGAGGCCAUGAAGGCGGAUUUCGAGAGGCAGGAGAGCGGUGAAGGUGGCCAACAUCGUGAUUACAGCCUCAAGGAGAAUAUAGUCAUCCCGCUGAAGAUAGGAAGUACGAAACGCCACGAAGGUGAAGGCACUGGUGCAGGCCUAAGCGGGAGCAAAGCUGCGGAGGUCGUGGUGCAAGGAGUCGGGGCAUUGAAGCUGGCGCCGCCACCAGCGGUUUCCAAAGCGACAAAUGGCAGGGUAGCUGGCCGGUCCGCCGCCUCAACAGCGGGCCAGGCGGCAGUCCCCGCCAGCGGCACGGCUGACUCAGAUGACACAAACGAGUGGGGAGACUUUACAAGUUCCCCAGCUUCAUGAUUUCACCUAUUGUACAUGCAUCGGCACUGGACACGCACUGUGCCGCAGUGUAUAUUAACGUUGUCGUGUGCUAGGCCAGACCGCGUGUAUGUUUAGCUAAACGAACGCAGUAGGCAUAUGCAUGUUGCGCAUCGUCAUUAUGUUUACAUCGCCUCGUUUGUCACGGCUUGCCCAGCGCGUUCGUUGGCCGCAUCCCUCUUGGCAUGCAGACCACAAGGCUAUCCUGGGCGCCUACCGGAAGGCCAUACAAACCAAGGCCAUACAAACCACACGACCAUAAUAAACGAUAUCUAUGCAUGUGCACAUUCACGAAACUGAGGACAUGAGGAUGAGACUUUCAAUUUCUCGACGAGGGACCUAUGCGAAUCUGGCAACAGUUUUCAUCCUAUCCACGGUCGUCGGCAGCGGGCUUUCAUAUCCGAGUGUGGUACAGUACGGUGGUUUGUACUGCUAGUACGGCAAUGGUUAUUAGGGUUCAAAAAUGCACGCACAAUGAGGCGUGGAGUUUGCUUCCAGUGAAAAUGGAUCCAUCGAUUUGCACUGCUGCUACGACCAACAGACUACCCAUCUAGUGCGGGCGACGCCCUGCAACGUAAACGAU